AAUAAUUAGCUUAGCGAUUUUAGGAAGGAGGUUCAAAGGGGGUUGUGCGCAUUUUCCGCGCAAUUUGUCCUCCCGUGUAAUUUUCUUAAACUUCUGCAUUGCCAAUCUGCCAUUUUUUUUUCCGGAAUAGUACACCAUUCGACUCCUUCCAGGGAAAUACAAGAAAGUUGAGGGGGAGAAAUAGAUAGCUAAAUAUCUAUUUGACUUGCGGACUCAGAAACACCAAGAUUGUAAAAUCGUAUUAGAAUAUUUUAUAUUAAAAUUGAUGUUUAAUUGUGAUCCAACUGGUUCAUAUUCAACUUAAUUAGUCUUUGAUAUGAGAUUUUUCUGGCCGAACCGCCAGUACGGUACGGUUCAAUCCUUAAUUAAUCUCAAAUAUCAUCCAGGGUGUUGUUUCUAAUGCAUAUAUAAUUUUGUUUUCGAUGCAUUCAUUUUUUGCGAGUGCAUACUAUGCACCUGCUUCGUAAUCGCCUUUUUAGCAUAUGAUUUAUGUCGAAACGAUGUCAUCAUCACCCGGGAUAUAACGGACAAGAAAACAUAUGAAUUUGCACAAAUAAUAUUCAAAAUUUACUUUGAUACGAAGGAUUUAGGAUCAGGAUUUGCAAUUUGGGGUUUUGAGUCGGGGUUCAAGAGUAAAGAUUUAAUCUUAAAAAAAAAUAUUGCUACUUUUAUUUUUAACCCCACCUCACUCUAAGUGCUAAGAUCGCCAUUGCAUGUACACACACAAGACAUAACAUUAAACCAAGGAGGCUCGUUUGCAAUUAAGUCGCAGUACGAUAUGCGCUCUAUCAUUCGUUCAACAUAACUAUACACCAAGGAUUAUAGAGCAUUAUACUUGAGGUCGCACAGAAAAAUUCAAUAAUAUGGUAUUUCAUGUUGAAAUAUUGUUUCACCCAUUUCAUACCGCUAAACAAUCUAACACGGAGACACAUAAGAUGCUUUUACAAUGAUGACGUGGCACGAGCCCAUUGGCCGAUCGCGUAGCAUUAUUCUUAUUAUUAUCAACCAUAUUAAUAGCCAAAAAAAGGGUUUGAACUUUUCUUUGCUGCCUGCUGGAAAUAGCAAUAAUAACAAGUAGUGGUAUUUAAUUAUUAUCGGAUAUAUCUCUCAAUUUACCGCUGAGAAUUAUUGUGUGGGAAUUGAAUUUCCUAUUUUUAAUUUUUUGUGGCCCAAGGACCUGAGAAUCUCUCCAAUUACCAAGGAAGGACGACAAAACCCCCUUUGGUAGCCGCACUAUAAAAUCCCCCUCCCAAUCCUCCUUUCAAUCGGCACUGCGAAUGAGCGAAACUGUAAGAAACUCCUCCUCCUUGUAACCCUUUCCUUUUUCCCCCCUCUGUUCUCUUCUCCGAGGCUCCCUCUGCCUCCAAUAAUAAUAAAUAAAUAAACCUUCUUGGUCCUUCUUCCCCUGCUAUUUCCCACUAUAUUAGCUUAGCUAUAUAUACGUAAGAAUUAUAUAUAUAAAAUUCUUAUCGAAGGACAAGAUGACGAUCCGCAUUGAGCAAUCCGAGGCCGUCAACAACGCUGCUCCCGCAGUGGUUGUGGAGCAGAAGAACAAAGUCGUCGGAGAAGAGAAGGAGGAAUUGGUGUUGGAUGGUGGGUUUGUGGUGCCCGACAAAGUCGUCUCCAGCCAUGGGUUCGCCGCCCCGGAUAUCAACGCCUUCGGCAAUUCAUUCAGGAACUACAAUGCAGAGAACGAGAGGCAGAAGACGGUGGAGAAUCUGUACAGGGAGCAGCACACUACCCAGACCCUUGAUUUCGUGAAGAAGAUGAGGGCAGAGUACGGGAAGCUGAACAGGGCAGAAAUGAGCAUAUGGGACUGCUGCGAGCUGCUCAACAGCGUGGUGGACGACAGCGACCCAGAUUUGGACGAGCCCCAAAUCCAGCAUCUGUUGCAGUCCGCCGAGGCAAUCCGCAAGGACUACCCUAAUGAGGAUUGGCUCCACCUGACCGCCCUUAUCCACGAUCUUGGGAAGAUUCUGCUUUUGCCACAGUUUGGUGGGCUGCCCCAAUGGGCCGUGGUGGGUGAUACUUUCCCUUUGGGUUGUGCUUUUGACGAGUCCAAUGUUCACCACAAGUACUUUGCUGAGAAUCCCGACAGCAAGAACCCAAUCUACAGCACAAAGAAUGGAGUUUACAAGGAAGGGUGUGGCCUUGACAGUGUCUACAUGUCGUGGGGCCACGAUGACUACAUGUACCUGGUGGCCAAGGAGAACAAGACCACCUUGCCUUCAGCUGCAUUGUUCAUCGUCAGAUACCACUCGUUCUACCCUUUGCACAAGCACGGGGCGUACAAGCACCUGAUGAACAAGCAGGACGAGGAGGAUAUCAAGUGGCUCCACAUCUUCAACAAAUAUGAUUUGUAUAGCAAGAGCAAGGUUCAUGUUGAUGUUGCAGCAGUCAAGCCGUACUACCAAUCCCUCAUUGCCAAAUAUUUCCCAGAGAAACUGAGAUGGUGAUUUGGCAACGAGGAAGAGGAAGGAGGUUCAUGUCUUUGGAAGAGAGUAGUGGUGCCCAUGAAAGCUUUUA